AUGUGCUGGAGGAAGUCAUGAGAUUGUUUUUGGUAGGGUCAAUGUCACCCAUAACCAAGCAAAAGGUUUUGGAUAAUAUAGAGAUUUAAAAACUCUAUUAGUCUUAUUAGUCUGGUUUUUAUUUUAAGUCCUUUUCCCUCCUCUCUCUGCUGUAUUUUUAAAAGCCCACCAACACUCCAUGUGCAGCAUCUUCCCUACCCUCGGUUCUUGCUGCUUUUUUGCAAGAAAAGAAUCCUUCUUUUAUCUUUCUGUAAGAGAGAGACGUGCAUUUCUAAUCAUGGAGCUUCCUCUGGCAUUGCAUGUGCAUCAAUGACCUCGGCCCACUUCCCAUUAUUUUACACUUCUCUGCCUCUUUCUCUAAGAAUCCUUAACCUCCAACUCUCCCUUUCUCUACCAUAUAUACUCUUUACAAUAUCUUUGAUUUUCUUGAAGUGAGAGGAAGGCUUCCCAGUAACUGUUCUCGAAACUUGCAAUGAACAGUCCAACAGGUAGCAGCAGGUCCUGGUCCAUUAGUGAGGACUCUCUAAGAAGGUACGUGUACUUUGCGAGCGAAAGCUGCAUACAGGAUUUGCUAUCAGCUUCUGACUCCAACAGGCUUGGAAAUGGCAAUGAUGGAUGGAAGGUUGUAACCCUAGACAAUGGGGUUGAGAUAUCAAAACGCAGGUCUGGUUCAUUCCACACCUUUCGUAGCAGGUGGCUGCUAAAAUCAGUCUCUCCACAACAAUUCAUCACUGUUGCAAAUGCCAUUGAUGCUGCAAGGCAAUGGGAUCCUGACCUGGUGGAAGCAAGAUACAUAAAAGAUCUCGAAGAAAAUUUGUGCAUAAUUCGCCUCAGGUUCGGAGAGAACUCUAAACCUCUCUUCAGAAACAGAGAAUUCAUAGUAUAUGAGCGACGCGAAACAAUGGAAGAUGGAACCUUGGUAGUAGCAGUAGCUUCGCUGCCGAAGGAGAUAGCUGCAGGAUUGCACCCUAAGCAAAAUAAUGCAAUCAGAGGACUAUUGCUUCAGUCAGGAUGGGUUGUGGAGAAGCUUGAAGAUGACUCCUGUAUGGUCACUUAUGUUGUUCAGCUAGAUCCUGCUGGAUGGCUGCCCAAGUGCUUUGUGAAUAGGCUCAACACAAAGCUUGUAAUGAUCAUUGAGAACCUGAGGAAGAUAGCACAAAAUUGUCCAACUGGUGGGGAUACAUGAUGUCUACUUUGUACAAAGAGAGUAAUAUUUUAUAUAUAAUCACAAUGAAAUAUCAAUUACAAUUUCA